GGAGAUAUUUUACCUAAGAAAACAAACUUUUACCAUUUCACCCGACAUUCAACCAAGACCCACAACCACUGCAUUCAACCCGAGAUGCACGACUCACUGCGCAUCAUAACGAGAAGCAGGCUUGAUGCAAAUUCACAUUAUUAUUUAUAAUUAUCGACCAGUCAAAGAUUCAAGUGUUCGCAGUUGUUGACCUGUUCGUGAUGCUGAACACUCUGCAAUAAAUGGUGGACGAUAAGUUAUACCACGUCGAAAAGAGCAGAAAUUCGAAGUAAUACUUUCGAAGAACGAAAGCCAGAGAUCCUGGAGUGGAAAUUUAUAAUCGUGCAGGACUAUAACGUCUAACUGUAAUCGACUUGAACAACAUGGAGUUUGUUUAGUAUCUUAGACAAAAACACACUUCAAAGAUAUUUAACUUUGCUUUCUAAGAUUGGCGUCUCGACGAAGGGAUGAUAAAAAACAACAUAUCGACCAAAGCAUAGUAUCAUUAGCAAUAUAGCUAGACGUAUCAUCCGUACGAAUUGUUUAUCGGAAAGGAGGAAUAUCUGAGAGUUUGACGUCAGGAAACGCUUCAUAGAUUCGAUACGUAUGAACUUUAUAUGUUAAUUUGUCACAUUAGAGCUGUUGUAUUGGCAUGUCUACGUUAUAAGUUGAAUCAGCUAGUCCCUUUUGAACUGUGCUCAUUUUGCUGUGUUUUUUAAGUCGACCAUAUUUUGGCUAGUGAUCUCAAACGUGCAAGAGUGUGGUGAGGAGGUUUGCGAUUUUGAUGUUUAGAAAUUGACGUCUGGUUAUAUAUAUUUUGCCCAAACCAAUCCAAACUCGAUGGACAAUAAGAUGUUUAAACUCGAAAGACCACAAUAUGAUUCAUCGUCCUCAGAUUUCACAUCGGAAAGUGACAAUUCGCAAGCAACCGAGAAUGCUUGCGUUUCAUGUUUGGACGAAACUAUGUUCCCACCGCGACAAAAACUUCCCGAAGGGGCUUACAAAAAACUUUUGACCGUGGCUCGAAAUCUUGCUUUCGUUACACUUUUCACAAACGUCGUCGUGUCCACAUUUGGGUUUUUUACCUCGACUGAAUCUGGUAGCAUGGCAACUUUCGGCUUCGCUUUCGAUUCAUUUUUUGCCAUAAUAGCAUCGAUUGUACUCAUAUGGCGAUUUUGGUCGACUGACCUCGACAACAGCGUUGCAACACGUAGAGAAACAAAUGCCACUGCAGUAAUUGCCUUCUCCGUUGCUGUGUCUUCCCUGGCGAUCAUUGGACGCUCUGUAGGUUGCUUGUAUCACUCGAAGAAGCCGAAAAACCAGUGGGAAAUCAUUAUCUUGUCGAGUGUUAGUGUAUUUGCCUUUACGAUGUUAUUCAUUAUGAAACGAAUGGUUGCUGUGAAGAUCGGAAGCAGCGCUUUGAUGACUGAUGCGAUCGAUUCGCUAUGCGCGUCGUUGUUUGCCGUCAGCAUUCUUAUAUCGGCGCUCGUAUCGCAGUUCACGGGAAAAGUUUGGUAUCUUGAUGCGAGCAUCGCUAUAGUAGUGUCUAUUUGCUCAUUUGGGUACGGCAUCCUCGUUAUAGCGAGACUUGUUAGCAUUCGCAUGAAAAGGAAACGAGCUGUAAUGUUCGCGAUUAACGAUCUAAAAGAGGGUCACGAUUUGCUUUAAGAAGAGGAUGCACGACCAAGUCAUUGUUGGUGUCAUCCUCAACUAGGGAAAAGAGAUCACUGAACAAGAGAAUGUUACAUAUCGGAACGACUUCGGUGCUUGUAUGAAAUGCGGUAAUUGCUGUUUUUGAAUACUUGUUCACGGAGGCGUCCUUGGGACGUUAAUUGGCGCGGUUGUUUUAUUCUUUUAUUUAAUCAUGCCCAGUGGCUUAAGCUUGAACCAGCCUGCCCGUGGUCCUUCAAGGAUGGGGUGCCCCCAUCCCUAUCCCCUCCACCAGAAUUGGACAACAAACAUUUUCUUAAUAAUCGUUAAUAGAGCACAAUAUUAUAAAAAUUAAUGUUCAGAUACAUACCAAAUAGAGCUUUCAAUUUACUCUGAGGAACACGAAUUCACGAAUGACCUCCAAUGAGAAAUAUUCAGUGCUUCAAGUUACUCAAAUAUAAACCUACUUUUUUUUAUUUUCAUAACACCGUUCAGGUUGCACCCAUGCAAGCUGAUUGCUUGGGUGACUGAUAACGAUUUGUUUUUAGUAAAGCAAAUUACAUUCAUAACCCUCCCUCCCCGAAUAAAAAAAUCAACGUUUCAGGUACGGCUCUUCUUGCUUAUUAAGAAAAUCUAUAACUGCGUAGGAAAGUCGAGUACUGGUCGGUGUACAUCCCACCGUUGCUGUUGAAAUUUCUUAUUGUUCUCCUCGAAGGAAACAAAAAAGACAUGAUUCUAUUUGAUGAACGUGAACGUUUAAACCGAUUCUUUCAUUUUGUUGUUUGAAUAUGAAUACUUCGGAUUUUAUCAACUAACUACUGUUGGUACAAAAAUAGUAAUUUAUCUUAUGAAAUGGCAUGUUUGGAAAGUUACGUGUAUUAAUAACUUUAUCUUUCGUACAUCGGCUCUCACUAGCUUUGAUCCUCAUUUCAAACAAUGAUACUAUUAAAGCAAGCGUUCACGCGAAAACUUCCAGUUCCAUCGAAAUUGAAAAUUGUGUCUGAGGUAUUUCUUGGCUCCGACUAUAUUCGGAAAGAAUGAAGUGUUAUUUCCUGCCUUAUUUUGAGUAUUUUUAGUUCAUUGCGUUUAUUGAUGCACGUACCCAUUACUCAGACGUAGAACUUUUAAUACAAAAAAGGAUUUUCAAAUAUAGAAAAGUAUUUUUCAAUUAUAAAAAAGUAUUUGCUUUUUCACGAACAAUCAUUUAAUUUUUUCAGGCCUUUCUUUAACAUCAGCGAUUGCAUGCGUAUAAAUUACUAUUUUACAUAUCCUAAUUAUGUCUUGUUGAUAUCACAGUGAUGUUUUUUAAAUAUAUCUAGAAAUUAGCAAAAAAAAUUCUACUGUAGAAGUUAUUAGGUCAUUUUGAAUAAUCUUUGCCGUGAAAUCAUAAAA